AUCUCACCGGGCUGGUUUUGGAGGUGCCGCCUCUUUUCCGCGAGGGGAGAGGCCCGUUGGAUGGAGGGAGAGACGAUGGCGAUGAUGAUGGACGUAAGGAAGAGAUGUUUUACGAUGAGGGUGGCGAGAUGAUGGAACAGGUUGCCCAGAGGAGUUGUAGAUGCCUCAUCUUCAUGGUCAGGUUGGACGGGGCUUGGAGCAACCUGAUCUAGUGGAAGACGUCCUUGCCCAAGGCACAGGGCUUGGACUGGGUGAUCUUUGAAGGUCCCUUCAACCCAAACCGUUGUGCGAUGUUAUGGACGGGGCUCGGAGCAACUUGAUCUAGUGGAAGAUGUCCUUGCCCGUGGCAUGGAGGUUGGACUAGAUAAUCUUUGAAGGUCCCUUCGACCCCAACCGUUCUAUGAUGGUCUAACAGAGUGUGGUUUCUAGGUUGGGAGCUGGUGGAGGAUGGACUUCUCGAUGCCCAAUUAUACCUACAAUUACUCCAUCUGGGACGACUAUUCCGUAUAUGAUAUCGAUGGCUAUGAAGUCCCUCACAGCUACCGCGCCGUCCUGGCGCUCUACGCCCUCAUCUUCCUCCUGGGCGUCUUGGGCAACGGAGCCGUCAUCUGGGUGACCGGCUUCGAGCUGCGGCGCACGGUGAACGGUGUCUGGUUCCUCAACCUCUCCGUGGCUGACCUCCUCUGCUGCCUGGCCUUGCCUUUCCUGGCCCUGCCGCUGGCCCGUGACCACCACUGGCCCUUGGGUCACUUUGCCUGCAAGCUGCUGCCCUCCCUCACCAUCCUCAACAUGUUUGCCAGCGUCCUCCUCCUGAUGGCCAUCAGCGCCGACCGUUGCGCCAUGGUGACGCGGCCGGUGUGGUGCCAAAACCACCGGACCCUGGGACUGGCCCGGGGGGCUUGCGCGGCCGCCUGGUUCCUGGCCGGGCUCCUCACCCUCCCCUCCUUCAUCUUCCGUACCACCCGUUCCGACAUCUUCUCCGAGAAGACGACCUGCGUCCUGGACUACACGGCCGUGGGGCGCCACCAGCACCUCACCGAGCUCGUCACGGCCGUCACCCGCUUCAUCUGCGGCUUCUUGGUUCCCUUCGUGGUGAUCACGGCUUGCUACAGCCUGCUGCUGGCUCGUGUCCACAGCAAGGGCUUUGCCCGUUCCCAGAAAGCCAUCAAGCUCAUCUUGGUGGUCAUCAUCAGCUUCUUCGUGUGUUGGCUGCCCUACCACAUCGUGGGGUUGAUCCUGGCCUCCACCCAUCCUCACAGCGACUUGUUCAAGGGCGCUCUGGAUGCUGACCCCAUCGUGGCCGGCGUUGCCUACAUCAACAGCUGCAUCAACCCCAUCAUCUACGUCAUCAUGGGCCAGGACUUCAAGGAGAAGUUCCAGCGUUCCUGGAGAGCCGUGCUGCGGGGCGUGCUGAGCGAUGACCCCACCAGCACCAUGGGGGACAGCAGGAUGAAGACCAAGUCCACCAUGGAUGACCACAGUGCCAGCACCACGGUGUGACCGGGAGCGAGGUGGCUCCGGGGCUGGAAUGUCGCUUGUGUUGCUUGAGGCCACCACCUUCUCCUCCUCUCCUGGAGGUCCCGUAGAGAAAAGAUGAUGCCGCCAUCGCCCCCUUUCCCCACCAGUUGCCCCACGUGGUUGCAGGCUGGGGGAAGCUAUGUGCCCACCUAUCCCUGGGGACCCCCUCCCGGCUUCCUCGGUGGCCUGCCAGCGGCGAGAGGACUUUGUCCUUGCAGGCGGUACCACGUUCUCCUGCUUCUCCAGCCCAAGCAUGGACCCUGUUUCCAGCUCCUCCCCUCUCUUAGCCCCAUAAGAGCUGUGCUGCCCCAUGAACCCCUCCCAGCCCCACAUCUCCACCACCCAGUGAGGCCCAAGAUGUGGGUGAGCCCACCUGCGAGCUCCGUCAUCCCAAAAAGUCAAGUCCACCCCACUCAUGGGGGGCUGGCUGCCCUUCACCGUCCCCCUGCCUUCACCAUAGCCGCGUCCACCGUCGCCAAUAAAUCUUGAAGCUCCCUCAAGCCUUG